AUGUCACCGCUCCCAUUGUGGCUGUUGGGUAUUCAAGCCGAGAGCGACGCGACAAGCAAUGUCAGCCAUCUUCUCUUGUCCCAGUGGAGGAACCCAAGCGAUAUUCUUUCUGUCUUGUUGAUUCUAGGCCCCGAGAUCGUCCAACGGGCGGUGGCACAGCUCGCAGGCCGCAGAGUGACCCCUGUGGCUUUCUCUUUUGGAUGGGUGGCCUACGCGACGCGUGCUCUCUUGAACACGUUUGGAGAUGGCCGUCUCAUACCCGAGGCUGACAUGGCCAACACCUGCGUGAUCGGCGCUGCCAGCGGCCACAGCAGAAGCACUUCCGCUUGGAUUCUGGGUCGGCUGCUGCGUGACGAAGAUGAUCGUGUGGACAGGGAGAUGCGCCAGGAACGUGCUCAUGUGCCGCCUGGGGCCACCGAGCGUGUGCCUAAACCACAGCCUGACGAAGCCGCCCGUCCCGAGUGGGAGGCGCUGCGGGUGACUCUGUACACUGUUGACGAAAAUCCACCUCUCCCGCACGGCGUUCCGGUCUUGGAUAGAGUAUGGUACUCUGGGGUCGUGGUCAUCGCUAUCCAGAUUGCGAUAGCCAUCAUCCCCUGGGCUGUAGAAGGCGACUGGAGCGCGUUUCUCAUUACCGCCGCAGGAAACAUUCUUGCCCUCACUGGCGCCUCGAUGCCGCAGUGGUGUCAAGAGAAGUGGGCAUGUCCAAAACCUCCCCAAGGUGGCAGUACCGUCUCAAUCACGCAGGGAAAUGGCAGUCGGCAUGCCGUUGUAAUUCUUGGCUGCAAGGGCGUUGGUCUCGACCUCGAGAUAUUGGCGCUUGGGACUCGCACGGCACGACCCAGCAACUUUACCAGGCUGGCGUCGACAAUCUUGGCGCUCCUUUGGAUCAUGCUGCUUAUCACUGUUUCGGGACUGGAUGGAGGAAACUCAUGGUACCUCCUCGGAAUAGGCCUGCUUGGAAGUAUCCAGAAUAUGCAUGCUGCCGGCGCCUCGCGGAGACCCAGCGCACUAGGCAUCCACCUCAUUCACAAGGAGACAAUUCGGGCAAACAGAGUUGCGUCGGUAUUGAGGGAAGUAGAGGAGAAGUAUCCCACCGUCGGUACAUCGCUACUGGCUGUUUUCUUCCCGGGCUCCCUGCGCGCAAAGGGUGAUGAUCUUGUUUUCUGGCGCAAGGCCAUUGCUGCCCGAACGGCUCCUAAUAAGUUUGGCAGCCGGGUGGAUGAAUUUCCUACUCAAGAAUGUGGACCAGAAAUGCGCCGUGUCGCAUCGUAUCACCAAGGCCCCUCUGACACACGGGCUGUUUGA